AUGGGUGAACUAAGUUCAAAUCUAAGUUUAUCAAAGGAUUUGCUAGAGAUUACUGAAAAUUACGGUGUCCCACAUAAGCAUCUCGUGCAGCUUAUCAUCAAACACGGGAUUUUACAGGCUCAUUAUUUCUGCAACAAAUUUGUUCAAUAUGUCCAGAUCUAUGACUCUAAGGGCAGUACUAUUACUCAUCCAGAUGAUGGACAAGAAAAAAUACUGAUUGAAAAAUUGAUCACUGUUAUUAAUAAUGCUCUGGCCCCACUUUGUCUUCGAUUGAUACAGGUAGAUGACGAAUAUGACGACAAGGACAGUUACGUUGUAUUGCUUAGUGACCAAAGAUCGAGUGAUUUUUUACGCGAUGCAUUUGGUUUGACGCAAACUGAGGUUAUGCUGUUUCAUUUGUGGAUAAGCGCUAUAUGCAAUAGUGAAAAUGGUGAAAUUUUAAAGCACGAAGCACUAUCGAUCGCUUCAGAUUUGUUGGUGAAGGGAAAAAAGUUGGAUGAAGAGUAUCUUCUGCAACAGUUUGUUUCAAACAAAUGGCUAGUAAUGGAUGACGAAAAAGCAACAAUCCGUCUGCAUACCCGUGGAAUUGCAGAGUUGCAAAAUUAUUUUAAUUCACAUGCAGAUGAAUUAAAGCUCGAAAAAUGCGCUGUGUGUGGCAAAUUUAUAAUUAUGAAGAAUCGAGCAGUUUUCUGCGAAACAUGUAGAAGUUUUUCUCAUAGACAAUGCGGACUGAAAAUUAUAAAAUCUAUAAGAACGGGAAAAGUACUGUGUCCGGGUAAAUUGGCAAAUGGUGAAUCGUGUACUGCAGAAUUUCACGUGUUUACCGAAGUGGAUAGUGUGAAACAUAGCCAGAAAGGUAACCGUAAACGUCAUAUUGUAAAUGACUUUGAGGAACAGGAUGGAUGUGAUUUCGAUUUCUAA